CUGGAGUCCGCUGACCGAGGUAAUGGUGGCACUCGAGUGGGACGCGUUGAGUCGACACGGAGUCAUAUUUAGGAACUUUUUGUCUUUUUUUUUUUUUUUUUUUUUUUUUUUUUUUUUUUUAAAUCAAUAGAUAAAUAAAUAAAAAGCGAUUUGGGUUUUAAAAUAAAGGCUGAAACCGCAGUUCGUAGCUGGUGCUAACUCGUUGGAGGGGGGGAAAAAGCAUUCGUGGCAACUCGGGAGAUUUGUGAAGCAGGUCCCCGGCAUAGCAGCUGCCGGAGCUGGGGGAUUUCAAACCGGGAGGACCGGGAUCGGUAACGGGCCUUAACGGGCUCCGAGAGGGCGGAGGAGUGGAAUCCGUGUCUGCGGCUGAACGGUUCUCCCCGGCCGGGGACUUGAGCUCCGGGGAACCGAGGACUGAGAGAGAUCGGGACUGGAGGGAGGGCCUCUGGCGACAUAAUGCUCGAAAUCAUGGCCGAGCAUCAAGAUUCCCUUCUGAAAUGUAAAGCGGAGUCUCUGCCUCCCGAGAAGAGAAAGCGGACUGUGGAAGACUUCAAUAAGUUUUGCAAUUUUGUCUUGGCAUAUGCUGGGUACAUCCCGUCCACCAAAGAGGAAAGCCAGUGGACCCCGCCGAGCUCCAACACCCCUCACAAGCCAGCAGGGGGCGGUGCAGACGCAGGAGACGGCUGGGCUUCGGCCCGGUCCGACCUGCACACCAUCCAGACCUUCGUGCGCAAAGCCCGGGCCUCCAAGGGGAAGGGUCUGCGCCGGCUGCACUCGGACAGCUCCCUGCUGGACAAGAUGAGGCUGAAAGACUCCCUCUUCGACAGCAGCAGCAGCAGCACUGCCUCCUCGACGCCCAGGUCAGAAAAGAAGAAAGACAGGAAACUGAAGAAGCUUUCCCUGGGCUCUGCCACCUUAGCAACAGCAGGGGGCGCCACCAGCGCGGGCCAGGAGAAGCGAUCCCGCAUCAAGCGUAGCAAAAACUCCAAAGCCACCAAGACCCUGAAGAAAUUAAAGAGCGCCCCCCCGAGCGAGACGGACUCGGAGGGGAGAGCCAAGGAGGGGGGGGCGCCCAGCCUGGGGUCGGGGUUCCUGGAGAGCCUGGGCCUGAGCGGGCCGGGCGGGCGGGAGGGCUUUGGGGAGCAGCAGCCGAAUCACAGCAAGGAGGCGGGGUUUGCAGAGGUGCUGGGGGGGGAGUCAACCCGUGAUGCGGAUGCCAGCUCCAGCGAGGGAGAGACCUGGAUCGCUGACGAAGAUAUCAUGGUCGAGUCAGGUAACGGUUUGGGCUGUAGCGCUUGGUUUAUUGUGGCUCGAGCUGUUUGCGGUAGAGAUUUGUGUUAGGCGUCUAUUUAUUGCAGCGCUUCUCAACACCAGUCCUGGGGACCCCCUGUUUGGGGACUCCCAAACAGGGGACCCCCCUUUUUACUUGUUUUCAGCUUUUGAACAGUUGCAGUUCAAGUUACUUGUCAGAUGUUAGGGCUAACUUGAAAUAUGCAAACUGUUCAAGAGCUGAAAACAAGCAAAAAGGUCUAAUUAAGCAAAAUGAUCAGCUGAAUUAAGGGUCUACUUUAGUAAUUGAGUAUAUGUUGGAAUGAAAACCAGCAGCCACAGGGGCUCCCCAGGACCGGGUUUGGCACCAAUGCUGAAGAUCGUUAUAG